CCUGCCUUCCGUAGGGCGCCUCUCUCCCUCUUCGGUCACGCUCCUGAGCGUGCGUGGCCGCAAUGCGCGACGGUUCUUUGACUCGACGCCGGGAGUCAGUCAACCCGGUGACGGCUUCCAGGUUGCGUGCUGUUCCCUGCCAAGCGUGGUCUCUCGGCGCUCACGAGCUCGAGCGAGGGCGGCAAAUGCGUGUGUCGCGUGUGUAAGUACGUGCUCCGAGUUGUCAAAGCCAACAGACGCGUCAACGAGACCCUCGAGUACGCGGGGAAAGGAAGCGACGACGGACGCGCGUUCUUAGCGGAGGAUGCGAAAAGCCCGCGAUGCGCGCGAUCGACAGGUGACACGUUCCCGCUGAAGCGUGAAAGAAUUUCCUCCGUUCGCCACUAGCCCUAAUAGAGGUGUGCGUUGCGUUCGUGGACGCGCGAUGGGUCACCAGCGAGCACACUGGUGAAUCGAAGGAUCAAAGGAUCUUUUUCUUCAGCGCGAUCGAGAUCGACCGCGCAUGAUCCGAGUGUGGAAUUCGAUGGGAUUACUUCAGUGAUGAGAUCAGGAAGCGUGUGCGAUUGAUAAAAGAUCGAUUGAUAAUUGAUAGGGAACGUCGAAUUUCAUGUUUCGGUUUACAAUUGAAAAGUCUCUUGACUUAUAUCGCAUUGAAGAGAAAUCUUCUGAAGAAGCUCCGGCAGACUCUUUAUUAUCGUGUUAUUGUGUCAGACUAUGAAAGUGCGAUCUCUCCUCAGCUCCGAAGGCAUAAUCGGAUUCUAAUGACGAACGCUUUUCCGAUAGAUCAUCCCGCGAGGAAGGACCCCAUCGAGCGAACUUGUUGACGGCGCAUCCACGUAAUCGGCAGCGGAAUCCCCGAGGAAGCGCAGCGAGGAAUUCAAAUAUCUCCGUUCACUCGGCAUUCGCAUCCUUCGCAGCGCAUUUCGCGGGUUCGAUCGCCGACGAAGCGGGGCGGAGGGGGAUCGAUCGAGACCAUCGACGCGGCCGCAACGUCGCGUCGCCCGCCAUCCUGAGGGAGGAACCCUGCAGACCCGAUCGAGACGAUCCGAGCUGCCGCGGCUCGAGAGGAUCCACGAGGAAUCCUCCACGGAAUCCCGGCCGAUCGCCAGACGGCGAGCCACCGGUGCAUCCACGAUGGAGGACGAGCUGCGGUGCCCCAGCUGUAAGGAGCUGUUCGUGGAGCCGGUGCUGUUACCCUGCUGGCACGCCUUGUGCCUGGCCUGCGCCGUGAACCUGCAGGCGCCUCCGGAUUCGCCUCCGGAAUCCACCGCCGACUCGUCCAACGCGCCCGGCUCCGAUCAGGAGGCCGAUAAGCUGUCCAUCUUAUCGGAGACCGACUCCGGCGUGGUUUGCAGCAGCACGUCCACGAGCUCGCGACCGGGUAGCUACGUCGGCACCCCGGGCAACGGGGGCGGCUUCCCGCCGUCCGGAGGCACCCUCUGCCUCUCGUGCCCCGUCUGCCAGAAGACCGUCUACUUCGACGAGGGCGGCGCCCACAACCUGCCCAAGUAUUGGGCGAUGCAGCACAUCGUUGACAAGUAUCAGGAAUCGCGGAACGCGCGGCUACAGUGCCAGAUGUGCGAGGGGGAACCGCGCGACGCCACCGUCGCGUGCGAGCAGUGCGAGGUUUUAUACUGCGACGCCUGCAGAGAGUCCUGCCAUCCGAAGAGGGGUCCAUUGGCGGCUCACAAUCUGGGACCACCGAGAGGCAGCUGGCAAUCGAACGGGGGCAAGGGAUCCCGGCCCGAAAACACGCCGGUCUGCAACGAUCACAACGGCGAGGCGGUGACCCUCUAUUGUGCCCUUUGCAAAAUCGCGAUAUGCGCCCUGUGUCUUCGUGAUCGUCACGCCGCUCAUCCUCACGACGUCCUGCCAUUGGCUGCUGCUUGCAAAGCGCAAAAGACGGAGCUGUCGCAGAAUUUGCAGCAGCUGUCGGAGAGAGCCCGCUCGACGACGGAGUUCAUUCAAAGGCUCAAAGGAAUGACGGACAAAGUGCAUGAGGAAUGCAUGGUGCUCGAGGGAGAGGUCGAGGAUCGGGUGGCGAACCUGGUGAGUCUCCUGCAGGCGAGAAAGUCGCGACUGAUCGAGGCCGCUCGACAGACCCGCGAGGCCAGGGUGCGUUCGUUGCGUGACCAGGUGGCCAGAUGCGCCACGCACCUGCAGACGACCACGGCGCUGCUCACCUUCUGCAUCGAGGCGCUGAAGGAGACGGACAGCGCGGCCUUCCUGCAGAUUGGCGGGAUGUUGUCGGUGCGAGCGGCGACCGCCGCCGGCUCCUGGGGCGGCGCCGAGGGUGUACAGGAGAUUGCUCGUCUGCCAUUGCUGGAUCUCACCCUGGACGACAAACCGCUGCGUCGUGCCAUCGAUCAACUCACCUUCGUCCAGCUGAAACCACCCGGAGCGCCUUUACUGAUCCCCGAAGAGUGUAGCGCCGAGAACAACAGCGUCACCGUUGCCUGGCAGCCGCCACCUGGGCACGGAAUUAUAGGCUGCGCCGGACAGAGAGGUCCCGCCAUCGAGGGAUACCUCUUGGAGUUGGACGACGGCUGCGGCGGGGAGUUCAGGGAGGUAUACUGCGGCCGUGAGACUAUCUGCACCGUGGAUGGGCUGCACUUCAACUCGCUCUAUAACGCCAGGGUGCGAGCCUUUAACAGCGCCGGCGAGGGUGAAUACUCGGAACUGAUCGGCCUUCAGACCGCGGAGGUGGCGUGGUUUUCGUGGGCCACCGGCGCGGCUGGCAUACCGCAGGAGGUGUCCAUAUCGGAGGACGCGAUGAGCGCGUCCUGCGAGGGCUACGAGCACCGCGUGGUCCUCUCGAGCGUCGGCUUCUCGCGAGGGGUCCACUACUGGGAGCUGACUAUCGAUCGCUAUCACAGUGACACCGAUCCGGCCUUCGGUAUCGCCCGGGCCGACGUUUCGCGCGAUCAGAUGCUAGGUAAGGACGACAAGGGCUGGAGCAUGUACAUAGAUCGGCAACGGUCGUGGUUCAUGCAUGGCGGUGGUCACGCGCAGCGCACCGAGGGUGGCGUUCAACAAGGCUCGACUGUCGGCGUCCUCCUCGACCUGGACACCACGCACACAUUGCGCUUCUUCGUCAACGAUCAGCCCCAGGGCGGCGUCGCGUUCCGCGAUCUCUACGGCGUCUUUUAUCCGGCGAUAAGCCUGAACCGCGGCGUCACCGUAACCCUUCACACCGCCCUGGACGUACCGCGUCAUUUGCUCGCGCUUCACGAGGAGUAUGUUAGCGAUAUGGUUCAAAGCUAGGGGUAUCUCAAUGUCCUCAAGAAAGGCCUGUCGCAGGAGAUCGGCUCGCCCUUAAGCUCGACCGUUUGCAUCGGUGACAGGUGCAGGGACUUCGAGUCGGGCCAGCUGCUGGAGAAGAUUGUCGAGGAGAGCCCGGUCGACGUUAAUUGAUGAAUAGAUCGCUCUGAGAAUGCCUAAUAUGAUCGUAGCCUCGGUUUUCUAUCAUCUCGCUCGGUUCGACGUGCCCGGAAUCGCUCCAAAAUGUCGAUAUCGACGUGAACUUUGACUUUUUUGCCACGUUGUGCGGCGACACGAAAGCGGUUCGAUUUUCACGCGAACUCAGAGUACGUAAUAUUCCCUCCGAAUAUUUUGCAGCUAUUCGAAAAUGUAUUUUGCGAGUACAGCGAGUACAUUUUAUGUCAUAUCCGAUUUAGAAAUAAGAAUUUUUAUGUACGAUUCAGAAGUGCAUUGCCCCUGAGAGUGUUAAUCCGAGUAAAAUUCGCGUUACUUGUCUGAAUAUAAGCGGGAUCCACGAGUAAUGACAAUUCAACAGGUCCGGAAACUUUAGCGAGGGAGACGCAAACUACUGGAUCUUUUUGGAUCCGGCUUAUUCGAGAAACUGAAACUCUAACUGAAAUCGGGAUUAUUUUCCGUUUCGUUUGCACGAUCAAUACUAAACCGGAAACCAUCGAGAUAAUAUUUUCAUCAGAGAUGCAGACAUUUAAAAUAUACAAGACAGUAUAGAGCCACUCUCGAAGAGUGAGAAGCCGCUUUAUUCUCAAGACUUAAUGAGACUGAAGUAAUUUACGCGCACACGUCACGCAGUCCAUAAAUAAUACUUCCCGUCAGGAGGUCAAGACAACCGAGAUAAAGCCCCCUCCGUUCAAGAACAGCACAUUUUCUAUAUAUAGCGCGCGCUAUAAAGCGAAGCAAAGAAAAUGUUUUUUUUCUACGUACAUUUCCUGAAUACGUUUCUUCAUCCUGGAAGAUUAUCUCGAAGACAUAACGCACUUCUCAGAGUUCGAUGCUUCAGUCUAAACUAAUUCUUUGACGUUUCGUCCUGUACAACUGACUACAAUCUACGAGUGUAUGUAUCGAUCGGAGAAAUUGCCGAAUACUUAACUGAAACUGGAAGAGUUGACCCUUGGAAGCAAGGAAACGUCCAUUAGCAAAUAGCCAAGUAUCGUCGCCGACAAACUUCCGUCGAGGACCGUGUUUGAGUAGAAGCGAUCAAUCGGUCGGUUCGAGAGAUCGCGUCAAGAGAGGCGAAGAGUCACCCUGAAUAAGUGAGAGGAAUCUCUUUGCGAAAUUCGUCGAUGGAGGAAGAAACGUGAGUAUCGUUUCGCUCACUCGAUGAAACGCGACGAUUCUCUUGGAACUUCUUACUUCGGGGAGUAAAGUCGAGACUCUAGGGCGCAAAGAGCAUCUUGAGGGCUGACAGAAGGCAUCGAGAAGAACGUUGAGCAGUCUUCUUUACAGCUUGCACCAAGUAACUAGUAAAGAAACUCGACGAUCGAUCCCACCGGACGGCAUCCGCCGUACAUUUUAUCGAUCGCGUAAUUAAUUCUUUCAUCAUCUACCGUCGUAUCGGCGCCGAACCAUCAUGAUAAUCCAUUGAGGAACUCAUCAUUCGCCUCGCGUAAUCAUCGUAUAACGCAAAAGGUAUAGACAAUUUUUAUCAACAAAUUUUUAUAAUGAGAUAAUUCAAUCUUACGAAGAGGGGAAAUGCCAUUUUUUCUAUACUUUUUAUAUAAAAUAACAUUCUUUUAUGCUAAAAUAUGCAAGGAAGACGGUGCAUUUUCUUUUUCUGCCGAAUGGAUCGACGGAGAAUUCAGAUUCUUAACUUAUUCGAUGCUGAAACGAUUAACGAGGGCGCGAAAUCGCGAGCAUUGAAUCUUUGAAUGAGCGCUGACGAGGCGCGAUCGACGACUGAAGAGACGGAGGAUAAUCGACCACGGUAAGAUAAUUAUCCUAUACAGGACGAGGAAUCUGAGCUCCUCGGGUUACAUGCUGAUCGAACGGUUCCUCGUCCUGCUCGCGAUCGACACCCCGAGAUCGCUCGAUCGUCCUAUCAUUCAUUAUCCAUAUCGACACACGUAUAAGUGUAAUCGCGUUUUGUAGGCGUUAAGCUCCAUUAAAAGCGUAUAGACAGGUAAGGCGUAUAAAGCACAGUGCUGCCGCGGCUUUAGUGUACAAUAACAUAGGAAUCGCGUAUACGUUUUUCUAGUCUUCGAUAGAGACCUCCCCUGAUCGACAUCUCUCUCCUCUCUGUUUAGACCCACCCUUAUUCCGUCCCCCUUUCCCUUCCUUUCUCCCUCGCACUCGCGUCUACGCUGGUCCUUUUUUACGACUUUGUAUCUCGACAGGUCAGGAAAACAGGACGCUCGAUGUUCUCGUUAUAUUCCGAUGUAACGAUAACCCGGAAGCGUAAUUCCGCGCCGGGCAUCGCGUUCGCUGCUGCUGCGCGCGUCUAUUGGCGCCAUAUGUACAUAAGUGUAUAUAUACAUAUGACUAUAUCGAUUGUACCGCCGAUGAAUUUACCGAUUGUACCAUUUACGACUCUGUAUCGGAUCAAUAAAACGCAACGAAAACGCC